ACUGACGUGACAGAGCCCAUAUACUGUGGUUGAUAAAUAUAUUAUUUUGUUUUGAUAUAAUAUAGAAUCUUUGAAUUAUAUAGUUGACAUGAAUGAUACAACAAUAAAACUCUUGAUAAUUGGCGAAAGCGGUGUUGGAAAAUCAAGCCUCAUCCGUCGAUUCGUACACGAUAAAUUUGACGAUAACUACGAUGUUACUAUUGGAAUGGAUUUCAAGAGCAAAGUGGUGAAUAUUGAUGGGCUUGAAUAUAAGUUGGCUCUCUGGGAUACUGCUGGUGCCGAACGGUUUCGGAGUCUUACUCCAAGCUUUUAUAGAAAGGCUUUGGGAGCUGUGUUAGUUUAUGACGUCACGAACCGUGAAUCCUUGGCUAAGUUGGAGACUUGGCUUGCGGAGCUUGAAAACUAUAGUGAUAAUCCUAACAUUGCCACUAUUGUAGUUGGGAAUAAAAUCGACAGAGAGCGAAUCAUUAGUCGGGAAGAGGGACUCAAAUUUGCGCGCAAACAUAGAGCUCUAUUCCUGGAAGCAUCUGCAAAAGGAGAUGAAUGUGUCGCGGAUGUUUUCAAGGAAAUAGUAGAAAAGGUAGUUGUACACUUAUUGUGGGGAAGUGUUAAGUUAUUUGUGCAACGAUUUUGUGGUGGUAGGUGGCGGAGGGGGAGGAGGUGUAGAUUUUUCGCAAAUUUAUUGUAACCCUCACUAAGUAGAAUUCACCUUUCUGCGUUGCCGAAAAAGAGCAAAUAAAGCGUAGACUCUUGUCUACAAGUGUAUAAAAGUUUUUUGAUUUGGGUGACGCGUUUGGGCUCAGCACCCCAAAAUCGUACAAAUAACUAAACCGAACCCCU